AAAUGAAUGGAAAAGGGUUCUGAUUCAAUUUAAAUCAAUGAGAAUCUACAUUAUUGAACAAACACAGGGACCCAAACUGUAAUUUUUACCUUCUCCUCUCACCUGUUGGUUGUGUACCUGCAAGGCAACUGCAAUGCUCAGACUCCUAUUAUUCUCUUGUAUCGAGGAACCUCUCUUCAUCAUUCAUGGAGAUCCAUGAGAAUCCUCCCAAAAUACCAUAAAGUAGAUUGCCCAUUUUCUCUUCAUUGCAUUAUUAACCAUGCCUUUCUUUUUGUCCCUUCUUUUUUAGUUCAACCGUCUCUCUCUCUCUCUUCCCCCUGUAACAUUUGAAAUAUUCAACAGUUCUGUGUGUAGACGAUUUCCAUGAACUUGAUCUGGGUUGGCUUUCUCACCUUACGGAAUUGAAACUUGUUCCUUUUGCAACUCUUGAGGUUCACAGUGUCUAGAUUCUCAACUAGUGUAAUGUGGCACUUAUUCUGCUGAAGAUUGCUGCAUUUCCAUCAUGCUCAAGCAAAUUCUAAGCAAACUUCCUCGGAAGUCACCAAAAUCUGAUCCACCAGAUUCAGCUGAGGCUAAUUCUGGCAGCAAUUGUUCGAAUUUCAGCAAUGUCGUUCAAUGUACAAAUGGUGGAAAUAGUCUUUCAACUAGACUGAGUGUUGUUAAACGGGUCUCUUCGGCUGUUUUUCCUGCAAGCAUCAUGUCUGGAGCGGAUGAUGUGGAGCCGCAUCUAUCCUUCAAAGAUGUGUCCAAUCAGCAAAAGCAGAACUUAUUCGUCAGUAAGUUGAAUAUGUGCUGUGAGGUUUCUGAUUUCAGUGAUCCUGAGAACAAUACUGCUCAGCAAGAUCUUAAGCGACAGACACUGAUAGAACUUGCUGAUUUUGUUUCUUCUGGAUCAGCAAAAUUCACUGAACCAGCAAUUUCUGCAAUGUGUAGAAUGUGUGCAAUUAACCUGUUUAGGGUUUUUCCACCAAAGUGUCGCUCUACUUGUACUGGUGGUGAAGCUGACGAUGAAGAACCGAUGUUUGAUCCUGCUUGGUCACAUUUGCAAAUUGUGUAUGAUCUACUCCUGCGGUUUACCAGUUACAGUUCUCUUGAUGUAAAGGUGGCGAAAAAGUAUGUAGAUCACUCAUUUAUUUUGAGAUUACUUGAACUAUUUGAUUCAGAGGACCCAAGAGAAAGGGACUGUUUGAAAACAAUUUUGCACAGAACUUAUGGGAAAUUCAUGGUGCAUCGACAAUUCAUUCGACAAGCUGUUAGCAAUAUCAUAUAUCGUUUUGUUUUUGAAACUGAACGGCACAAUGGUAUUGCCGAACUGUUGGAAAUCUUUGGGAGUAUUAUUAGUGGGUUUGCAUUGCCUCUGAAGGAAGAACACAGAACAUUCUUAUGCAGAGCUUUGAUUCCUCUACACAAACCAAAAUCAAUGGGCAUUUAUCAUCAACAAUUAACAUAUUGUGUUGUACAGUUUAUAGAUAAGGAUCCAAAGUUGGCAACUACUGUGAUUAAGGGACUUUUGAAGUUCUGGCCAGUAACAAACAGCCAGAAAGAGUUGAUGUUUAUAAGCGAGUUGGAAGAGGUUUUGGAGAUGACUAGCAUGGCUGAGUUCCAGAAAAUAAUGGUUCCACUUUUUCGGCGCAUAGGAUGCUGCCUCAAUAGCUCCCAUUACCAGGUUGCCGAACGGGCUCACUUAUUAUUGAACAAUGAGCACAUCCUUAAUCUUGUUAAACAAAAUCGGCAAGUCAUUGUGCCUCUUGUUUUCUCCGCUCUUGAACGCAACACCCAGAAUCACUGGAACCAAGCAGUACUUAAUCUGUCACAAAACAUGAGGAAAAUGUUCUGUGAAAUGGAUGAAGAGCUAGCUCUUGCUUGCCAACAUAAGGUAGAGGAGGAGAAUUCUCUAUUAAUCGUGGAAGCUGAGAAGCGCAAAUUAACUUGGCAACGUCUGGAAACUGCCGCUGGUUUCCAAUCCUCUGCUGAUUAUAUUAUGACUCCCAUGAAGCCUACCAUAUGCUCUGUCGCAUGCUGAUUGUUAAUGCCUGUAAUUUGGAAAAGAGAAGAAAAAUACCAUUUCAGCUCUGAUUGCAGAAACAGAAGCUGGCUAUUGAAUUUGGGCAGGUUUUGGAUGCAAAUAGGUUUGUCUCUAUACUAUGUUAUGUUGAGCAGUAUUGCUGCUGUGAUAAAAGGUUUAUUUGGCAUUUGGGUGUCUAGUUGGAAGAGCCCUUCUGUUGUACGGAUGUCUCUUUCUGUCUUUGUCAGAGGUCGUUUGUUUUGCCCAUAAUUUAUUCUUACAAGAUUUGUAUUUUCUUUUCUGGUUAAAAUUAUGAAGUUCUUGGUUUCUACCCCAGAAUAGUUGUAUAGGAUGUGUAUUUGAGGCUAGUCUUGUAUUAAAGUCUACAUGUGAUCUCCACAGCUGCUUCUUGGUGGUGUUUUGGGAUAAUGAAGCUACUUUAUUUUUCA